CCAUGCUCAACUUGCAUUGGCUCAAUGGCUCCUUCUUUCUCAUCUCGAUCAUCACUCUCUCUUUUUCUGUAGCUUGCAUGAAAAUGCGUGUCUAGUAUCUUGUACAACUGCAAUAAGCGUUUUCUAGCGCUUCCUCUUCAAUUCAUCAUAUCGAUCAAUAAAUACUACUGACUGGCCGGCUAACUAUAUAUAUAUAUAUAUAUAUAUAUAUCUGCGUGCCACAGCUAGAAUUUGAGAAUUGAGAUCGAUCUUUUAAUUUGGCUGUCGGUCGAUAUGCUCAGAUCAUUUGCCAUCAGCAGAUUCAAAGAGGCAGCUGGAGCAGCUAGAGGGCUCAAGUACUACGGCAAUCAUGUUCUCUGUAAGCGAACGAGACCUUAUUCAACCGCUGGCCGUAGUGGAAAUGGAAGGCUGGACGGUAAGGUAGCCUUAAUAACAGGGUCCGCAAGUGGGCUCGGGAAGGCAGCGGCCCACGAAUUCAUCCAAAAUGGGGCGCAUGUCAUGAUUGCAGACACUGAUUGUGAGAUGGGCCAACAAGUAGCGGAAGAGCUGGGCCCAACAGCCCACUUUGUGGAAUGCGACGUUGCUGUUGAGUCACAAGUAGCACAAGCUGUAGAAACGACCGUGGAAAGGUACGGAAAGCUCGACAUAAUGUACAACAAUGCUGGAAUAACCGGGCCGACAAUCCCACCCAGCAUUGCCGACCUCGAUCUCGAUGAGUUUGACCGUGUCAUGCGGAUCAACGUGAGGGGAAUAAUUGCCGGGAUAAAGCAUGCUGCCCGAGUGAUGAUCCCAUUGGGUUCGGGGUCCAUACUGUGCACAUCUAGCAUUACUGGGCUCGUGGGUGGGCUUGGGCCGCAUCCUUACUCGAUUUCCAAGUUUACAAUACCAGGCAUAGUGAAGUCUGUGGCAAGCGAGCUGUGCCGAAGUGGGGUUCGAAUCAAUUGCAUUUCACCGGCUCCAAUUCCAACGCCUCUUGUGGUUAGGGAGAUAAGUCGGUUUUAUCCAGGGGCAACAGAGGAGCAGAUUAUAGAGAUAGUGAAUGGUGUGGGAGAACUUAAGGGUGCAAAGGCGGAGGCAGUAGAUGUAGCCAAGGCAGCGCUCUAUUUGGCCUCUGAUGAAGCAAAGUAUGUAACAGGUCAUAAUCUAGUAGUCGAUGGAGGCUUCACCUGCUUUAAAACUCUUAGCUUUCCUCAUCCUGAUCAAGUACUUGUGUAAUAACAUGUGUGUUAUAUAUUUUGAUGGAUCGAUCACUAGGCUGUGCUAAGCUAUUUGAAUUUUGAAUGAUAAUAUAAUAACGUCUAUGUGCGAGUACAUAUAUUUGCAUUAUAA